AUGUCCGUCUCCCAUAAGACUCUUCUCUUCUUCUUCACCGUUCUUCUUCUCGUCACCAUCAUCGAUGCUCAGCGAUUCAUCGUAAGACGUGAUGCUGGCUCGAACGAGGAGCUCAACGGUCUUCUGAGCAACAGUCGCCGAUACGCGGCCAACGGAAACUCGCCGAUGCUCAAACGUAACUCGUUGUUGGAUAAUCUCUACAAUAUCGGAUAUUUUCAAUAUUGA